GGUGCUUUUCCCUCCCUCCUCACUAGUGAAUCACAAGUAUCACAGGCGGGCUUUCGUCGCUGUUUUUGAAUCAUACAUCUUUAAAAAAAGAGAGAGAGAAUUGGUCGCACAAUUACAGUUUAUAUAUAUAUAUAUAUACGAGAUACCACAGGGGACUUCUGUAAGCCGGUUUUAAAGUGAAACGAGGGCCUGCUUCCCCUCAGACACAGACAGAGGCCAUCAUGAAGCUCACGGACAAUGUGCUGCGGAGCUUCAGAGUUGCUAAGGUGUUUCGGGAAAACUCAGACAAAAUUAAUUGUUUCGAUUUCAGUUCAAACGGAGAAACAAUCAUUUCCAGCAGCGACGACGAUUCGUUGGUGUUGUACGACUGCCAAGAGGGGAAACCCAAGAGGACCCUUUACAGUAAAAAGUAUGGAGUGGAUCUGAUCAGGUACACACAUGCUGCAAACACUGUGGUCUACAGUUCCAACAAAAUCGAUGAUACUAUCCGGUACCUGUCCCUUCAUGACAACAAAUACAUCCGCUACUUUCCUGGGCAUAACAAAAGAGUGACCUCUCUCUCCAUGUCUCCUGUGGACGACACAUUUAUUUCUGGCUCAUUAGAUAAAACAAUCAGACUCUGGGAUUUGCGGUCCCCUAACUGCCAGGGUCUGAUGCACCUACAGGGGAAGCCAGUGUGUUCCUUUGAUCCAGAGGGCCUCAUUUUUGCUGCUGGAAUAAAUUCAGAGAUGGUUAAACUUUAUGAUCUGCGGUCGUUUGACAAAGGCCCCUUUGCAACCUUCAAGCUUCAGUACGACCGGACGUGCGAGUGGACAGGACUCAAGUUCAGCAAUGACGGAAAACUCAUUCUUCUUUCUACUAAUGGCGGAGCCCUUCGCAUCUUAGACGCUUUUAAGGGUGCUGUGCUACAUUCCUUUGGGGGCUACAACAACAGUAAAGGUGUAACGCUAGAGGCAUCAUUCACUCCGGAUUCUCAGUUUGUUAUGAUUGGCUCGGAGGAUGGAAAGAUCCACGUGUGGAAUGCAGAGAGCGGUAUGAAGGUGGCUUUAUUAGACGGGAAGCACACGGGACCGAUUACCUGCCUACAGUUCAACCCCAAGUUCAUGACGUUUGCCAGUGCCUGCUCCAACAUGGCAUUCUGGCUCCCCACCAUCGAUGACUGAUGACUGUAAAGCGAAGCCCAAAGUUGAAGUGACCAGCAGGGGGCAGCACAACCAGCUCUGUGUACAUUUCACAGGAAGUGCGGCCUAUUCAGUUCAAAUUGUAAAUAAGUAGUUUUCAGAAAUAGAUCAUUUGUCUAUUCUUUUUUUAUAUUUCUAUUUAACAUUAAACCUUGUUUCUUUGUAA